AUGUCUUCUUCUAACAAUCUCAGAAUGGUCGAAACAAAUUACUGGUAUUGUUGCCAAUGUAAACAGCCAGAAAACGCAUUGCUCAAAGACCCCCAGUUGAGGAAGCUAUAUGCCAAGUGCAUGGAGUGCGGUCAUACUCGAGACGAUUGCUGCGAAGUCGCCAAAGACCGAUUCCUCGGAUCGCUGAACGAUCACGUUACCCUCCACACGAACGCAAUCACUCCUCUCCCAUGGAAGCCGGCAGCAACAUCAACUGCGACCAAGGUGCUGCCCUCCACAAUUGGCGUCCUGGCAACCUCUCCAUUCACGAUCUACAACGAACCGGGAAAACAGAACAUACUCGAACAUCCCACGUCGCCCUGGGGGCGACUUGUCUUCGCUGCCACCUACCUUUCUUUCUUUGUUUCCUCCAUCAUCGAUACCUGGCCGACCAGCAUUUAA